GCUGUUAAAUGAUGAUGGGAUCUGUACUGGUGUUGGGUCCACCCACAAAGCUGUUCCAGGUGCUGGGUCACUCACUGGGGCAGUCAGCUUGGGCCAGGGAAUGCUGUCAUCUAGGCCAACUGGCUGCCAGCACCUCUGCUUUGAGGCUGGAGAGUAAAGAAUUUCCCAGAAGAGGCAAUUCUGAGCUAUAAGGACAGCAUUGAGACUUGUGUGUUAUGCACGAAGGAGAGGCAAUGUACCACCAAGGGCGUGAAAAAACAAGGAACAGAACUGUGUUGGCACAUCCACCACAGGCCAUCUAUGCAGGGGACCCCAGCCUGCUCCCCAAGGAUCACAGUAGAGUUCAAUGAAGACUAAUAGAACUGCUAAUAGAAAAAGAAUAGGAUACAAUUGCAGUAAAUCACAUGUGCAUCUGAAAGAAAUGUUGUCUCAGGUUAUCUACAAGGAAUUGAUGCGCAUUCACGUGGUGGGUCAUUAUGCUGCUGCACCUGUGUAGUGUAAAGAAUCUGUACCAGAACAGGUUUUUAGGCCUGGCUGCCAUGGCAUCUCCAUCUAGAAACUCUCAGAACCGACGGCGAUGCAAGGAGCCCCUGCGCCACAGCUAUAACCCCAGCCAGUUUCACAGCAUGGCCAUCAGGACUGGCCCCCACGGCACUGUCACCAUCCCUCGCUCCACCAGCGACACUGAUCUGGUCACCUCAGACAGCCGCUCCACUCUCAUGGUCAGCAGCUCCUACUAUUCUAUAGGGCACUCACAGGAUCUGGUGAUCCAUUGGGAUAUAAAGGAGGAAGUAGACGCUGGAGAUUGGAUUGGCAUGUAUCUCAUUGAUGAAGUCUUGUCAGAAAACUUUCUGGACUAUAAGAACCGUGGAGUCAAUGGUUCUCAUCGGGGUCAGAUCAUAUGGAAGAUUGAUGCCAGCUCUUACUUUGUGGAACCUGAAACUAAGAUCUGCUUCAAAUACUACCAUGGAGUGAGUGGAGCCCUGCGAGCUACCACCCCCAGUGUCACUGUCAAAAAUUCAGCAGCUCCUAUUUUUAAAAACAUGGGCUCUGAUGACACAGUACAAGGGCAAGGAAGUCGGAGGUUGAUCAGUUUUUCUCUCUCAGAUUUUCAGGCCAUGGGAUUGAAGAAAGGGAUGUUUUUCAAUCCAGACCCUUACUUGAAGAUCUCUAUUCAACCUGGGAAACACAGCAUAUUCCCUGCCCUUCCUCACCAUGGACAGGAGAGGAGAUCCAAGAUCAUAGGCAACACUGUGAACCCCAUCUGGCAGGCCGAGCAAUUCAGCUUUGUGUCCUUACCCACUGAUGUGCUGGAAAUUGAGGUGAAGGACAAGUUUGCCAAGAGCCGCCCCAUCAUCAAGCGUUUCUUGGGAAAGUUAUCGAUGCCUGUUCAGAGACUACUGGAAAGACACGCCAUAGGGGAUAGGGUGGUCAGCUACACCCUCGGCCGCAGACUUCCAACAGAUCAUGUGAGUGGACAGCUGCAAUUCCGAUUUGAGAUUACGUCCUCCAUCCACCCAGAUGAUGAGGAGAUUUCCCUGAGUACUGAACCCGAGUCAGUGGAAAUUCAGGAAAGCCCCAUGAACAACCAGGUGGCAAACAGCAACGGGGAGCCUCUGUACCAAGCACUAGAGCUCACUGGGAGCCUGAAGCCGGAGCAGCCUAGUGAGGGAAACGCCAUGGACCCUGAAAACAAUAUGAGCCUGGGACUAGUCAAUCCUGUUGAGGAAGGGACAGGUACCACCCAGGCAGGAGACGGCAGCACAGCCUCUGUGGGUCCUGAUUGGGCUGGGGAGCUUUUGGCCUUGGGUGGAGAAGAUACUAAGCUUGUCCUGACUGCAGAACUGGCGGAGAGACCAGACUUGGGUGGGGUGGAGGCUCCACCCGGGCUACUAGAGGAUGAUGAAGUUCCACGUGGUGCUGGGGAGCCGGAGUCAGAAGAAGCUGUGACAGAGAGCCGGGCUGGGGUGACAGAAGAGGAAAAGGAACUGGCAGAGGAGGAGGAGGGGGUCGUGUCUGCCUUAAAGCAGGGAGAGAACAGGCUGCAACUGCGGGCCUCAGUGAAGAGGAAAAGCAGGCCGUGCUCCUUGCCGGUGUCUGAACUGGAGACAGUGAUCGCGUCCGCUUGUGGUGACCCCGAGACCCCGCGGACGCACUACAUUCGCAUCCACACCCUGCUGCACAGCAUGCCCACAGCCCACCACGCGAGCGCGGAGGACGGUGGGGCGGAGGAGGAGACAACUCUCAAGGACACCUCGGAGAAGGACGGGCUCAGCGAAGUGGACACGGUAGCUGCUGAGCCUCCUUCUGCGGAGGAGGAUGGAGAGGAACCCGAGGGGGCUAGUCCAGGAAGGGCGCCUCCUGGCCACUCAGGCUUAGCCAACGGACUGAUUGUGGAUGGUACCGCGCACCCCAGCGCCGGGAGUGAGAGCGACUCCAGCCCCCGGCAGGGCGGGGAUCAUAGCUGCGAGGGCUGCGAUGCAUCCUGCUGCAGCCCUUCCUGCUACAGCUCGUCGUGUUACAGCACCUCCUGCUACAGCAGCUCCUGCUACAGCGCCUCCUGCUACAGCCCUUCCUGUUACAAUGGCAGCAGGUUCGCCAGCCACACCCGCUUCUCCUCCGUGGACAGCGCUAAGAUCUCCGAAAGCACUGUAUUCUCCUCCCAAGACGACGAGGAGGAAAACAGUGCAUUCGAAUCGUUACCAGACUCAGUGCAGAGCCCGGAACUGGACCAGGAGUCCGUGAAUGGCGCUGGGCCGUGGCAAGAUGAGCUGGCUGCCCCCGCCGGGAGCAUGACAAGAUUUGUGGAAGGUCUGGAGUCCCCCAUGGCAGGGCCAAGCCAUCGGAGAGAAGGUGAAUGUUCUAUACUCCAUAAUUCCCAGCCAGUCAGCCAUCUUCCUUCCUUGAGGCCUGAACAUCAUCACUACCCAACAAUCGAUGAGCCUCUUCCACCAAAUUGGGAAGCUCGCAUUGACAGUCAUGGGCGGGUCUUCUAUGUGGACCACGUGAACCGCACCACCACCUGGCAGCGUCCUACAGUAGCAGCUACCCCUGAUGGAAUGAGGAGAUCGGGGUCUAUCCAGCAGAUGGAGCAACUCAACAGGCGGUAUCAAAACAUUCAGCGAACCAUUGCAACAGAGAGGCCCGAAGAAGAUUCUGGCAGCCAAAGUUGUGAGCAGAUCCUAACAGGAGGUGGCACUGGAGGUGGUGGGAGUGACUCAGAGGCUGAAUCUUCUCAGUCGAGCAUAGAUCUAAGGAGAGAAGGAUCACUUUCUCCAGUAAACUCGCAAAAAAUCACCUUGCUGCUGCAGUCCCCAGCGGUCAAGUUCAUCACCAACCCUGAGUUCUUCACUGUUCUCCAUGCCAAUUAUAGUGCCUACCGAGUCUUCACCAGUAGCACCUGCUUAAAGCACAUGAUUCUGAAAGUCCGGCGGGAUGCUCGAAAUUUUGAACGCUACCAGCACAACCGGGAUUUGGUGAAUUUCAUCAACAUGUUUGCAGAUACGAGGCUGGAAUUGCCCCGGGGCUGGGAGAUCAAAACAGACCAGCAGGGAAAGUCUUUCUUUGUGGACCACAACAGUCGAGCUACCACUUUCAUUGACCCCAGAAUCCCACUUCAGAAUGGCCGUCUUCCCAGUCAUCUGACACAUCGACAGCACCUCCAGAGGCUCCGAAGUUAUAGUGCUGGAGAGGCCUCAGAAGUCUCUAGAAACAGAGGAGCCUCUUUACUGGCCAGGCCAGCACACAGCCUAGUAGCUGCUAUUCGAAGUCAAUAUCAACAAGAGUCAUUGCCACUGGCAUAUAAUGACAAGAUUGUGGCAUUUCUUCGCCAGCCAAAUAUUUUUGACAUGUUGCAAGAGCGUCAGCCAAGCUUGGCAAGAAACCAUGCACUCAGGGAGAAAAUCCAUUACAUUCGGACUGAGGGUAAUCAUGGACUUGAAAAGUUGUCCUGUGAUGCAGAUCUAGUCAUUUUGCUGAGUCUCUUUGAAGAAGAGAUUAUGUCUUAUGUCCCAUUGCAAGCUGCCUUCCACCCAGGGUACAGUUUCUCUCCCCGCUGUUCUCCCUGUUCAUCACCUCAGAGCUCCCCAGGUUUACAGAGAGCCAGUGCAAGAGCACCUUCACCCUACCGAAGAGACUUUGAGGCCAAGCUCCGCAAUUUCUAUCGAAAAUUGGAAGCCAAGGGAUUUGGUCAGGGUCCAGGAAAAAUUAAACUUGUCAUCCGCCGGGACCACUUGUUGGAGGGAACCUUCAAUCAGGUGAUGGCCUAUUCCCGGAAAGAACUCCAGCGAAAUAAGCUCUACAUCACCUUUGUUGGAGAGGAGGGCCUGGACUACAGCGGUCCAUCUCGAGAGUUCUUCUUCCUUUUGUCUCAGGAGCUAUUCAACCCUUACUAUGGACUCUUUGAGUACUCUGCAAAUGAUACUUACACAGUGCAGAUCAGCCCCAUGUCUGCAUUUGUGGAAAAUCAUCUUGAAUGGUUCAGAUUUAGUGGUCGUAUCCUAGGCUUGGCCCUGAUCCAUCAAUACCUUCUUGAUGCUUUCUUCACAAGACCCUUCUAUAAGGCACUCCUGAGACUGCCCUGUGAUUUGAGUGACCUAGAAUACUUGGAUGAAGAAUUCCACCAGAGCUUGCAAUGGAUGAAAGACAACAACAUCACAGAUAUCCUAGACCUCACUUUCACUGUUAAUGAAGAGGUUUUUGGACAGGUCACAGAAAGGGAGUUAAAAUCUGGAGGAGCCAACACCCAGGUCACAGAGAAGAACAAGAAAGAGUACAUCGAGAGGAUGGUGAAAUGGCGGGUAGAACGUGGUGUGGUGCAACAGACUGAGGCUCUGGUGCGGGGUUUCUAUGAGGUUGUGGAUUCUAGACUCGUGUCUGUUUUCGAUGCCAGAGAGCUGGAGUUGGUGAUAGCUGGCACAGCAGAAAUCGACUUAAAUGAUUGGCGGAAUAAUACAGAGUACCGGGGAGGUUAUCAUGAUGGACAUCUUGUGAUCCGCUGGUUCUGGGCUGCAGUGGAACGCUUCAAUAAUGAGCAGAGACUAAGAUUACUUCAGUUUGUCACAGGAACAUCAAGUGUGCCCUAUGAAGGCUUUGCAGCCCUCCGAGGAAGCAAUGGGCUUCGGCGUUUCUGCAUAGAGAAAUGGGGGAAAAUUACAUCUCUCCCCAGGGCACACACAUGCUUCAAUCGAUUGGAUCUUCCACCUUAUCCCUCAUACUCCAUGUUGUAUGAAAAGCUGUUAACAGCAGUAGAAGAAACCAGCACCUUUGGACUUGAAUGAGGAAAUGGAAACUCACCUGAUGUUUUCCUGGCCAGUGACAUCACCCUUUCUGGGAUUAUCCUCCUCCCCCUCUUCCCCCAAUCGACUCUCCUUUGAUUUUGGUAUUCCAUGAUUUUUAUUUUCAAACCAAAUCAGGAUUGACAAAAGCUGUGCAUGAAAAACUGCCUUCUUCUAAGAUCUAACCUUCAGGCUUAUCUCUUCUACUUUUAAUGAAUUGCUAGCCUGUAUGCAAUAUUGAAAAAAAAAAAACAGCUGUCUCAAGGUGUGUAUAUCUCCACAUACCUCCAUUACUAACAAUGAAAUAUGAAUGCAAGUUAUGCUUAUACUUGACCAAAUGGUAAUAAAUGUUUACUUCCAUUUAUAUAAUUUAAGGGAAAUUUUGAGCAUUAAGCAUUCCAAGCUUUUAUAUGCCCAUAUCUUCUAAGCAAAGUUACCAUUUUUUAUAAUUUCUAACAACCACUUCAGAACUAAGAGCUGAUCAACUCUUUUUCUCCCACACUAUUUUUUCCCUGUGCAUACUAUACGCUCAAAAAAAUAGUAGUGACAGACAGAAAGUUUUGUAUAUUUACUCAUGAUUCCUAUGUGGGACUAGUCUAGACAUAUGGUGCAAAUAUUACACUUUCCAAUAAAUAACAGCAAGAUGCAUAUGUCUGCUGAUACAAUGCAGUGUACUACAAUGGCUGUGUGGAUUAUGAUUUUUAACUUGCGUUCAGACAAGUCUAGGAGCAGGAGAAUCCCCUAGUGCCACACAAGAAGGGCAAACCUGUGCACAUGACCAAGAAGGAGCUCUCAUUAUGUAGCAUAAAGGGUGAAACUUCUGCCCAUUGUGUUGAAAAGAAUAUGAUAAGCAAAGAUAAAGCAAAGAAGGACAUGUUAUGUUGGUUUGAAUACCUUUGUUCUAUUGCUGUUUUAUUUUGCUUUGCUUUACAAAGGGAAAAAGAAAUCUUAUAACUUUUGUUAAAACCAGGUAAUACAUGCUCAGCAAACAAAAUUUUAUUUUAACUUUAAUAUUGUUUUUUAUGCUGUGUUCAGUUUUUUCUAUUAAUCAUGGCAUUCAAAUUCCUUCACAUUUGACUAUCUACAGGGGCUACACUAAAUAGGAAGCUGCAGAGAGUGAUGGUGCUUGUUAGAUUCAAGGGCAAUAUAAUACUUAUCCAUGGCAAUCAUCCUGAAAUGGAGAUCUAACACCCCAAAGGCACACUGACUUGUGUCAAAACUUCUUUGCAUUCAGCAUUCUCAAAAACAGUGUUUUCAGAAAAACAUUUGCAAUCUCCAAAGAUAGCCUAACUUCUUGACAACAUUUGGGAUAAGCCCAAACAUAAUGGUCAUUUGUUAUUUUUUAAAUUUGGUAUCCAUGUUGUCUAAAAUAUGUCAUAAAUGAAAGUGUUUUUCUUCAUUGGGAAAAGAAGAGAUGAAGGGGUUGUUAAAAUGUCACAUCAUUUUUUUCCAAUAUAUUAAAGCAAGGGAGAAAUGUGAAGCAUUUAAGACAGAGUUAAUUUCAUAUGAAGCCAUGCCUUGAAAUCAUUAAUUGUGUUACCUGCACUCCAAAAUAAAACAUUCUUUUAGUAGGAAUUCUUCAUAAUGCCCAAUAUCCCUUGCUGCUGUGUACCUGUUGUCAAUGAUAGAAUAUGUAUUUAAAGUUGGCCUUCUUAAAAAGAAAAUUUACCAAAAUAGUAUGGAGUAUGUAAUUACAUAAUAUAGGUUUGAAUUUUCCAUAAAACCCAGUACAAAUUUCUGCAUCUUAAAAAGUAACAGAUUCCAGAUGAUAUCACAAGACAGUGACAAAAGAGGUUCUUGAGAGAAACAUCUAACAAUUAAACAGAAGGACACUAUACCCAGAGAGUCCUGUGACUUGGGGAAAAACUGAAGCACUCUUUGGAUCAGAGACCAACAGAUUGCACAGAGGAGAAAGAGAAGAGAGUCACACUUCAUUGAACAAGAAGUAGAUGGAGAGAAACACCUAGAAUGAGUUGUGAACUAGAGCAGAAGAUACACACAGUAUGCUGGCUCAGCCAGAGAAUGGGAGACAAAGGAGAUCCAAGUGGGGUGAAGGUACACACACUUCACCAUGGGGAAACAUGUUUUGAAGACCUGGUGUGCUCCACACAAACUGGAUCCCUGAUAAGAACAAAGUGCUCUUUGUAAACUAUCCCUGUGACCACCAUCAGGAAAUAUUACUGACUUCAUGAAUCACAUUGACAGUGCACAGACAGCAGAAUUUCAUAUUUGGAAAUCCAGAGAGGAAGAAUAUCAGUUGUGCCACAAAGGUGAAAGAGCCCAAAUCUGUGAGCACAUUUGCACCAAUUGCUGGACCCGUCCAGGCAUCUCUCCCACUCUGCUGACUCCAAAACUGAAAAAACAGGUCUCUAACUCUGGAAAUCAACAAGUGCCAAAAAUAAAUGAAUUAAUAAUAAAUAAAUAAAUAAAUAAAGCCUGAUUUGUGCUAACUGCAAGAAAAAUAAAAGCAAUGAUCUCUCUUAAGUUAUUCCUACAGAUAAUUUUUAUAGGGAAAUUUAAUUCAUCAAGAUGGGCAGAUAAAAGAAUACAGCACAUGGGACCUUGAGCCUUCAAAGUAUUAAGCCAUCACAAAGAGAACAACUCUCCAGAACCCAGCCACAAAAACAUGGAAGCUUAUAUCUCCCUACCAAGUAGAUCAAAACUGUUAUAAUAAAGAAAAUUAAAGAAAGAGAAGAUAAUGCAGAAAGGCAAAUCAAUGAGAUGCAAAAGAACUCGGAAAAGCUAAUCAAAGAGAUAUAAGAAGAUUCAGAAAAACAACAAAUAAGCUCAACAAUAAAGUUGAUAAACAGAAUGUAUUUGAAGGGACCUCCCUGGUGGCACAGGGGUUAAACACAGCGCUAUCAAGCUGCUGCCAGCUUGAGUUUGAUCCCCUGCAACCAGGGAGCUAACCUACAUGGUGCAGCAGACCUCUCCUGUUUCCCCUUCCACUCCCCUCAGCAGUGUAUUUGGGUACAUCUGCCUGUUCUGCUCCACACUCUGGUGAAUCCUCUCACUGCCUGAACCUCUGACUUACACCCCAGUUCUUGUAUGCAUAAAUAAAUAAGUCUUUAAAUAAAACUGUAAAUAAAUAAAUAAAAUAAACAGAAGGUAGAAGUUGAAGAUUUAAAUAAGAAAACAGUAUAGAUUCAGAAUGUAAAGAAUUCAUUAAUAACAUAAAUAUUUCUAAAAAAAAAGAGCACUACAAGUAGAAUAGACUAUGUGGAGGAUCUAAUCAGUGGCCUUGAAGAUAGUAAUAUGUGAAGGAUCAUUUGAAAGAAGAUGUUUAAAAAAUAAAGUACUUCAGAACUAUCUGACACCACUAGGGAAGACUGGAUAAAAAUAAUUGGUAUCAUAGAAGGGGAAGAGUGAGAGGGGGUAAGAAAGAUACUAUUGAAAGAAUAAUGAAGGAAAACUUCCCAAAUCUGGGGAAGAAAGUAAAUACACAAAUCUGUGACACCAAAAGAGCACAUGCUUAUCUAAAUCAACAAUAAAUAACAGCCUCAAAUGAGAUAUUAACAUCUGUAGACACUUAGGGAGAACUAUACACCAAAAAAAGCUAAGUAUACAUUUUUCUCAAGUGCACAUGGAAUAUGGUUCAGGAUAGACCAAUUGUUGGGUAACCAAAAAAAUAAAAAUUAAAAACCUGUUAAUAAAUUCAUAAAAAUUGAAAGUUUAUCAGGUAACUUAUCUGACCACAAUGGCAUAAACCACAAAAAUAAAGUUCAAAAAAACCUUAAAUAUGUGGAGACUAAGCACACAAGCUACUUUAUGACUACUGGGUUAGUGAGGAAAUCAAAGGGGAGAUUUAAAAAUACUGACAGAAGAAGAAAACUGAAAACAUGAGUUACCAGAACCUAUGGGACAGUAAAAGCAUCAAUAAGAGGGAAGUAUAUAGCAAUACAAACCUACAUCAAUAAAUAAGAAAGACCUCAAAAUCUAAACUUAUACCUGUAGCAACUAGAGGAAGAGGAAGAAAUGAAAACAAAAUCCACUAGAAGGAAGAAAAUUAGAAUGGAAAUAAGUGAAAUAAUAAUCAAAAAAAUAGUUCAAAAGUUAAAUCAAAGGGAUCAAAAAACAGACAAACUCUAAUAAGUAGAAUCAGAAAUAAAGAGCAGAAGUUACAACAGCUCAAAACCCAUAAACUGGAUAGCCUAGAUCAAAUGGACAGUUUUUUAGAAGCAUGCAAUCUUUCAAGACUGAAUGAGGAAGAGAUAAAAAACAAGAACAAAAAAUUAAUU